AUGAAAUACGCAGGCGGAACGACCUGUCAUGAAAUCGACCAUGCUUUUGCCUCGGCUCUGUGCCCCAAUCUCUGUGGUCCUCGGAGGUGCAGUCGCACUGUCGACGCGCCUGGGCAAGCAAGGCAACGGGAACUGAGCGUACAAGUGAAAGUCGAGCCUAGAAAGUGGUCAACUGCCGUCAAGACACAUUUGCAGACGUGCAAAGUGGCCGAUAGUCUACUGAUUGCUCAUGCUCCUGAAGCUUGCAAAGUCAAGUUUUUUGCAUGA